GCUAGCUGUCGAAUGACAAGCGUAUCGAGCCGCUACCAGGUACCGGCCGUAGCUGGGCAUGAGACACCAGUAGUACGGUACUAAUGUCGCCAGAACGACGAGUCGAACACUUUCACGCUGAACCAAAAGGCCCCGACUUGCUUUUCUCAAAAAUUUUGAAGUCACGAAGAUACCUACCGGUAUUUCGUAGGUACUUGUGAUCAACCGAAUCGAACGAAUGAUUUGAUACAUUCAAUGGUUUCAAUGUUUCAGCAUUGGUUUGGGCUACCGGUACCGGUACUGGACCACCGGCACUGGUACAGUACCAAACGAACAAACAAAAACCCACAUCCAAAACAAACAAACAAACAACAAACAAAAUUGCUUUACUUUCCACCAUGGCCGACGAACCAGCUGAAUUACAUUUUGAUAGCCGACGAAAUACCGAAUGGCUUGGAAUUCCAGAGUCUCUCGUGGAUGAUUCUCGCAGGACAAUCAAGCACGGUCUUGGCCACACGGACAACCCAGAGCAUAUCUCAACACGGCUGUGCCAUGAUGCUUGCAGCCGUGCAUUCGCCUUGAAAGUAUCGUAUCUCCAGAUUAAGGACGGCGAUGACUUGCCAAUCAAGAAGGAAGGGCUUGGUCAAGUGGGGUUCAUCCGUACGAAACCAAUAUCCGUCUCCCCUGGUUCGCGUCCUCACUAUGCGGUCACUCCUUUCACAGCAAAGCACAACCUCCGCAGAAUUGAAAACGUGGACCACCACUUCUACCCGGCUGAUGCAAUAGAAUCUACAGUUUAUCUAAAAGGAGAUCUUAGCGAGAAGCUGUUAUUGUUUGACGAUUUGAACGUUUCAGUAAAGAACGACGCGAUGGUCCUCCGGCAAUGCGCCUUAACUGACGCAGUGUGGGGUUUUGGAGUAGAUGUUUCUGCUGGCAACCCGGUUUCUAACCGUUCUGAUGGUAUAACAAACCGUGGAUCCUCCUUCCAGGUUUACGAGGAAGGAUAUGAUUUCGGGAAAGAUCAACGCGUCGGGAUUGCUGUUUUUACCACGGUGUUACCCACCGCCAAGAGUGCCAGCCCCGACCCUGACAAUCCACUCAAAUUGACCCCGGUGGAGCUUUCCAAGAUUUAUGGAAAUGCUUUCGAAGCAAACAUCUACACAGGAAAAAUUACUUUUGUUGGGAAGCAUGAGUACGAUCUCAACUCAUUCUCUGGCUGCUCCGGGGCGAUCGUUUUCUUGUUGGAUAAGAAUCAACCUGACACUCUCCAGAGUGUCAACUAUGGAAGAGCCAUUGCCGUGCAUGUUGGAACGCAUCCACUUCUCUCCGAUAGGAAUUUCGCAUUCAAGCUGAUGGAGGAUAUGAUUCGUGGACAUAGGCUUUUAAGGAGUGGUUAGAGAGUAAGCCUAUGGAUGCCUACAGUACCUAGCUAGUAGCAUCAUAAUUCAGGCUGAGGGAGAUCUAAUAUAGGAAAUACACGUUUUGUUGUACGAAUUAAUUCUCGUGGAGAUGCUGCGUUGUUUUAUAAUGAGAUUCAGAAACAGUUGAAAAGGGAGCGUUCGUGUGAUGGUUUUACUGAAUAUGAAGGUAUGCAUCAUUGGAGAGAGGGGGCGGUCUUCUUUUGACGGUGUGUUUUAAGGACCCUAAGACUACGAUCUCAAUCUUUGGAUUGGCGCAUGGCGCCGGUAGGCGAAGGCAACGUACGUGCUGCACCGGUAUCUAGUUGUUGUUCUAUUUCGAGGAUCCAACAGCAAGCAUACCCCCUCCAGUGAUGUUCGUAUUACAUCGGGACUCCCAACGUCCAUGCCAUUACAGCCUGGAAGAUUUGCUUCAAAGUGGAGCUGUUGAAGGAACAUCGAGAAAGAGGAACAGCGAGAAAGAGCAAUUAUUAUACAGUCUAUUACUGAGUAAUGAGUACUAGCUAGUAAGUAAUCGAGGCG